GCUCUCAGCAGGUAGAUCUGUUCAGUUAGAUCUGUACAGGUGGAUCUCAGCAGGUAGAUUUCUUCUUUCCUCCCGCUGGGUCUCCGUGGAGUUUCAGUAUCUGCGUCCUUUGACCCCAAACAGGAACGUGAAGGAUUCACUGUGACUUUAUUUAAUAAUCUGAAACAAGCAACAGAAGGUUGGAACGAUGGAGGAGAGCCAGAUCCUGGUUGAAACCCUGAAGCUGCUGAGCCUGGAGGACUUUGCCCGGUUCAGGACUCUGGCUGAAGCAGAGCCGAGCUUGGUGACCUGCAGCCUCCUGGAAGCAGCAAACGUUCAGGAUGUCGUUGAUCUGAUGCUGCAGACCAGCAGCGGAGAAUGUGUGGAGGCCGUCAGAACCGUUCUGGCCAAGAUGGACCGCUUGGAUCUGGUGCAGAGAUUGUCAAAAGAUAAAUUUUCUGUUGAAGAAGAACGACUUUCACUGGACCAGAGGGUAGAAAAGCUGAUCAAUGAUAUUAACCUGAUGUUGGAAACACUGAAGGAUCUGAAUGAUGAAGAGUUCAUGGAAUUUAAAAGGAAGAUGAGUUCCUUUAAUAACUUCAGGUCCACCAUCAGUCAUCAGCAAAUCCAGCUGGACACAUCAGACCAGCAGGAAUCAGUGAUUUCCAUUCUUCGGACUCAUGGAAAAGAGUCUAUCAAGGUGACCAGAGAUGUUUUAGAGAGCAUCAGGAGGACAGAUUUGGUCCAGAGGAUGAGCAGCAGCUCAGCCUCCACAGAGAUGCUGUUGGGGAAACAAUCUGAUCUGAUCCAUGAAGUGGCGACCAUGGCAGCUGUUAAAGACGUUCUUCUGGAAACUCUGCAGGAUUUAAAUGAAACUGAAUUCAUUGAGUUAAAACUGUUGCUGCAGUUCGCAAACUUCCAGAGAAAUAUUCCACUAAUCUCGUGGGAUGAACUGGAUGAUACAAACAGAGCCAGAGUGGUGGAUCAUCUGGUUAAUAAAUGUGGUAAACUAUCUGUGGAGGUGAUCAGGGAGGUUCUACUGGACCUGAACAGAACCGAUCUGGCGCUGGUCCUGCCUGAGACCAGCUCAGCAUCUAAGAGAAACUUUGUGUGGAGCUGA